AUGGACGUUCCUGGCGAGUCACACUGUGACUCCGCCCUUCAUUCAUCGCCAUCUCCAAUGUCUUCUCUUGAGCGCGACGCGGAUUCCUUCCAGUUUCGGGUGGUCAUACCCAACACUGGAAAGCUACCUCCGAAUCCUCUUCUCGUGGCUGCCCCACUUCAACGAAGAACACUGGAGCGUGCGUUAGCGCCACCGUCCGUCACAGCCACAACGGACACCGAAGUUUCCCAUGUACCCAGCAGUGAAAAAGCUCUUCGGAAUCGACUUCUCGUCUUCGACCAACGGUCUUUCCUCACCGGUUCUGCAGUCGCCGAUUUACAGGCUGCUUACAUUAUCAAUACUGUUCGCCACAAUGAGCUACGAAAGCAAGCAGUCGAAGCCUACCUUACGCAGCAGCGCAUCCAGCCUUUAUUUCGUUUAGAUAAUGUCUCCAACGCGAUUUUGUUGGAGUCCAGUCUUCAUACUCAAUGGGACCUUUAUGGCACGUUUUGCUUCGUUCCGGCUGAGAACGACCUUCUCGCUAUGCUCGAAUCCCUAAAGAAUUCCAACGAAAUGUGGAAGCAAGACGCUCAAGACGCUGUCCGCCCGUUAGAUGUAUCCAAGGAACCUUUUUGCAGCCCUAAGUGGGAUGUUAUCGUUCUUCAUCCCUAUGCCAUGCUCCCGGAAGGCAUGCCUCUUGCCAUCACACAAGAUCGCCCCUUCUUCGACGAGAGGAGUGGCAGUAUUCCACCAUUUUCACACUUGAAUUGGACCUGGUGGAUCACCGCUGGAGAUACUCUCCGCUCUGUCCCAGAAGGAACGUUCUUCGAACCCUUUGCUGCUAGGAAUCUGCGCAGUGACUUCAGAGCACCUCCCAUUGCCUCCCUUGCUAUGGUUAUGAACGCGCACUCCAAAUUGCAGACCUUCCUUCGAGAUUUUGCAGAAGUUGCUAGUACUCGGGUGAUACACGUCGCGCAGCUUAUCUCGGAACUGGUCACCGAGAUCUUCUUUGUCCCUGGUGCAUAUGAUGAUGUGGGUCCGAAGAUGUACAGCCUACUUCUCGCUCAGAAGGCCCAGUCCCAUCGGAGUAUGAUUAGUGGUGAUCACCUGCAGCCUAUGCAGCCAGUAGCCUCUGGGGCUGACUUCAGUUGGGUUUCCAGGUCUACGAGUAGAGAGAAGGAAGACCCAGAUGCGGCCGUGCCACCCAGUGAUGAUGAAGAAGUUAACGAGGCCCCUGAAACUCCUGAGUCAGAUGGCCUGACUGACUCGGAGUUUCGAAUAGUUUCGGCUCAAGCCAAUAAUCCACACCUCGAUGCGAAACGUCGUGCAGAUGCAGCGAUGAUGAUGCUAUUUGGAACUCCUCGCUUCGUAGAUCCCUAUGUGCACAGAGCACCUAAGGUGUGA